AUGGUCCCGGCCUUAUACAAAUCAAUCGCAACCCAACCACACAACUCCAUCUUUGCACUUCGAGAUGCAAAUGAAUCAAUACGCAUUAAUCCCUCGUUAACAGGCUAUAUUGCAAAGGGCAUUGCCCUCUACGGGAAAAGGCAGUUCCAGGACGCCACGAAAGUUUUUGACCUUGCGUUCAGAUCGGCUGAUGGUGUUGCAAGCACAACGCAUUUACUUUUCUUGAUCAAGGCAUGUUGCUCUUUUAUUGCACACUCCGCGCUUCAUUAUGAGUCACAGGCUAUUGCGCUGUUUAAUGCAAAUAAACAUGAUGAGGCAAUGCUGCGCGUCCAAGAACUAGUCACUGAUUUUCCCGACACCGAUCUUCUUGCUUGCCGUGUCGUUGAAACGUAUCUACGCGUCCAAUUAGGCACCCUUGCCUUGAGUAGCUGGUCUCGUAAGCUUGAAGCUGUCAACCAUUUCACUUCCGCUGUCAAGGCUAGCGUUUUCUUUUCCAAAUCGCCAAUUCAUCGUAUGUAUGGGGAUUUUACCGUGCUCUUCGGGUGGGAUCUUGAGUCAUUGUGGCUCACCGCCCACAAGCAACUAUGUCGCGCUCUCAUGCGGGCGGGUAAAAUUGGAGAGGCAUUCACAACGUUCCAAUCCACGAUGGAAGCAUGUGAUGAAGCUACAAGAUCCAGCUUAUGUGCGUGGUUUGCUGAGAGACUGCAGUAUGCUACGUCUUGUCCGUGGCGACACAGCCCUCUCCGCGAGCAGUCACUCUUGCGUUUUGAAAUGCAAAAAUAUUUCGUACGGUUACUUGACAUUACAUUUAACGCAUGA